AUGUUCUAUUCCGAGACCCUCCUCUCCAAGACCGGGCCGCUGGCUCGCGUCUGGCUCGCCGCCAACCUCGAGCGCAAGCUCUCCAAGAGCAACAUUCUCCAGUCCAACAUCGAGACCAGCGUCAACGCCAUUGUCGACCAGGGCCAGGCGCCAAUGGCCCUGCGUCUGAGCGGUCAGCUGCUGCUUGGUGUCGUCAGGAUUUACAGCCGAAAGGCGCGUUAUCUGCUCGACGACUGCAACGAGGCGCUCAUGAAGAUCAAGCUGGCCUUCCGUCCUGGCAACGUCGAUCUGCCCGUCAACCAGGCCCAGGCCGUGAACCCCGCCUCGCUGACCCUUCCUGAUGUACUGACCGAGCUCGACUUGCUGGCCCCAAUGCCCGAUCCUUCUCUGCUCCUAUCACAGGAACCCGAGAUUGAGACUGGUCGGCGCGACCCUACCCUCUUGGAGCCGCCAAGCCAGUAUUUGCUUGAUACUCAGGAUCGCGCCGCCCAGGAAACCCUUCAGCUCGGUGACGAUGACCUUUACCUCGACAUUAGUGAAGGACCGGAUGUUACCAUGGACCAAAGCAUCGAAAUCGGCCGUGAUGCGCCUCCCCCGAGGCCGAUUGAGGAGGAGAUGGCAGAGAGCCCCAAACUCCUCGAGGACGAUGGCCUCGAGCUGGACUUCCGCGAGGGUCCCGACGACUCCAUCCUGCCUACCGCUGAGCCGCUUCCCGAGGACGACAUCCCGAUGGGCGGAAUGGAUGAGCCUUUCCACCAGGAUGGCGAAGAGACGCCGCGCGCUGCCACCCCAACCUUGCUCGAAGAAGAGCGUCUCGAGCGCGAGACCGUGUCGCCCCUCUCCUCCGCGCGCUCUAGCGUUGUGCGCGAGCUCGAGGACACUUUCCACUUCGACCAAGAGACCACCAUCGCCGAGCCGGAAGAGGAAUUCGCGCAGCAGGCCCAGCGCGCCAAGCGCCGCAAAGUGCUGCAGGCUGAUGCGGCCACUGAGCUGGCCUCCAGCCAGAUCCGCGCGCAGCAGGACGACCGCUCGAAAAUCACCAAGCCCGCCACCUUCCUGCCCCGCGACCCUAUGCUCCUCGCACUCAUGAACAUGCAGAAGAGCGGCGGCUUCGUUUCCAGUAUCCUGGGCGAGGGCCGUAGCCAAGGCUGGGCCCCCGAGCUUCGCGGCAUCCUCUCCCUCGAAGUGGUGCGCCGCUCGGGCGACCUCAAGCGCAAGCGCGACACGGGCGCCGAAGAAGAGGAGGAAGAAGAGGCGCAGCCCAGCACCGAAGUCCCACAGCUCAACGUCGGCAACGACACGACGCUCGACUUUGGCGCAGGCGCAGCCGGCGGCGACACGUCGCUGCUGCGGCCGGCCGAGGAGGAGCACCUAGGCGAAGUGCCGGCCGCAGGCGACGAAACGAUCCCCGAGAUCCAGGCCAUCGAGGACGACGAAGCGCAAGCCGCGAGCCCGCUCCCGGGCGCCGAAUUCGACGAAACCACCGCCCCGCUGCUGCACCCGGAAGAGACGGGCCCGGUGUCGGUGCAGACGCGGCACGCGGUGCACCUCCUGCGCGAGAAGUUCGGGCCGGAAGCAGAGGCGUCGCCGGGCCAGCGCCGUGAGCGCUCCGUCCUCUUCCAGGACAUGCUGCCCGAGCGCAGCACGAGCCGUCGCGACGCAACCAAGCUCUUCUUCGAGUGCUUGGUCCUGGCUACCAAAGACGCGGUCAAGGUGGAGCAGGCGACGGGGGCGCUGGGCGCGCCGAUCCGUAUGCGUGCGAAGAGGGGGCUUUGGGGCGAUUGGGCGGAGCAGGGCGCUGGUGGCGAGAUUGCGAGCCAGGCUGUUGUGCCCGAGGGGGUUGUCGCGGCUUGA